UGAUGAAGACAAAAUGUCAUUUCGAGUGAAUUUAACAAAUACAAUUGCUAACACCAGGCAACUGAGACAGAAAAGGAAUAGUGCUGAAGAGAUUCGAAAAUUAGAUAUGGAUUGUAGGUCAGCUAGAUGUGUUAGAAUAAAAUGUCAACUCGAUUUUAUACUUGAUAGUGGUGAAUCAGCACUUGUAGAAAUCAGAUCAAGGCUAUGGAAAGAUACUUUACUUCAGGGUGGUUAUGAUGAAACAGAGAUAACAUCAUCAGGUCAUGUUCAAGUGACUAGUAUGCCGUAUCAUAUUACUCCUCAAGCUUAUCAUGGUGCUGAUGUUGAGGUAACUACCAUAGCUAACACUGAGAGACCACAGCCUGGAAUAUUACCUAUAUCUAUAUGGGUGCUUGUAGUGUCAAUUGUGUCCGGAUUUCUUUUGCUUAUCUUAGUUGUUAUAGGGCUUUGGAAGGCUGGAUUUUUCAAAAGGAAAAGAGUUGAAGAUGAAUACACAGCUCAGAACUGCGUGAAUGACCACAUGUCAACAUAUUCAGGGUCACCUGCAUUUGCUAGUCUCAGUACAGCCGAAUCAGAUAUAAAGAGUUCAAGAAGCAAUAGUAACUACUAACUGGCAUCGCUUUAGUUGUUUGUUAAUUUGUUGCUUGCAGUAAUUUAAUAUAAAUCGUUGCCAAACCAUUUUGUUUUAUAUUUUCACAUAAAAUUGUUAUAUCUGUACAAUAUUCUAUAUUGGCUGCCCUGUUCUGUUAAGUUAGCAUAUAUGAUUUAAUACAUCAGUUUUGGAAAUCAGUUGAUUACACUUUUGGACUAUCCAGGGUAGUUUUCAUGUCUUGAGUGCAAUUUUUAAUAUGAAAUUAUUAAGGCCAGAAAUUUAAUGUAUUAUGUAUAUAUACGAGAGGAAUAUGAAUAUUUACUGCCAUAUAUUUUAUGUCUGUUGAUUUUCUAUAAAUGAUGUCAUUGGUUUCACACUGGAGUUGUCACAAUCACAAUUGUCACAAUGAAUUGUGUUUAUUAGACUAGCAUCUGUAUGUGUUGAAUGUAGAUUACUGUGUUCUACUCUACAGCAUUUCUUCUCUGAUAGUGUUUUAUUC